AUGUUUUACUGUUAUUGUUUUAUUGUUAAUAAGGAGUGGAUAACAAAGAGUUACAUUGAUGAAAUACGCUCGGUGUAUCUCACUCCACUGAUCAACCUCUGCAGCGGCAAGCAGCGAGUGGCCGAGUCACUGAGUAAAUCCGAGCGGACGAAUGACGCAUCAGAUGGCUCAAGGAAAAGUGUAAGCGGCCGUAGCAGCAGCGAUUUGAUUGGCGAAAAGUUACAAAGUGAGUAA